AGAAAUGCGGAAGUGUGCAUGGUGUAAACAAUCGAGUCAUCAAGUAGUGUUGAGAAUGAACCACCGUUUGAAGUGUUAGACUGUGUUUUCAUAAGUAACAAAUCGACGUGUUGAGGAUGGCGCAGUGUCGUUAGUGAUAUUUUAAAUUAGAGGGUGCAGGCUGUGUGUAAACAGCAUCAUGCCUUAUCUGGGCAGUGAGGACAUGGUGAGGGAGCUGAGGAGAGCUCUGUCCAACCCCAACGUCCAGUCUGACCAGCUGCGCUACAGGAACACCAUCCUCAAAGUCAUCAGGGCGAUGUCACAGGGUGUGGAUGUAUCAGGCCUGUUCAGUGAGAUGGUAAAAGCGUGUGCCACAGUAGACAUAGUCCAGAAGAAACUGGUCUACGUCUUCCUGUGUUCCUAUGCCACUUUAAACCCUGAGCUGUCUCUGCUGGUCAUCAACACACUGAGGAAAGAUUGUCAGGAUCCAAACCCCAUGGUCCGCAGCCUGGCCCUGAGGAACAUGACCAACCUCAGGUUACCCAGUCUGGUGGAGUACGUGGAGCAGCCUCUGACAGCAGGACUGAGGGACAGAGCAGCUUGUGUACGACGAGUGGCCGUGCUCGGCUGGGCCAAACUGCACAACCUCCAACCCAACUCUGAGAUAGAUGCUGCAGUGGUGAAUGAGCUGUACAGCCUGCUGAGGGACCCAGACCCAGUGGUGAUGGUGAACUGUCUUCGAGCUCUGGAGGAGAUCCUGAGGGAGGAGGGAGGAGUCGCUAUUAAUAAACCUAUCACCCACCACCUCCUCAACAGGCUCAAGGAGUGUGAUGUUUGGGGUCAGUGUGAGGUGCUGAGGAUCCUCCAGCGCUACCGACCUCAGUCAGAGGACGAGCUGUUUGACAUCCUGUCCCUGCUGGAUGCCGCCCUGGUCAGCCCCCACCCCCCAGUCAUGGCCGCCACCCUCAGCCUCUUCCUAAGCCUCUGCUCCAGCCUGCCUGCUGUCAGUCUGGCAGCCCUGGAGCGAGUCCGGGGACCCCUGCUGGCUGCCUGUGGGAGCGUGUCCAGAGAGAUGAGGUUCACUGCCCUCUGCCACAUACAGUUGCUGUUGCGUUCCCUCCCUGGCCUGAUGGGGGCGCACUACAAACGUUUUUUCUGCGGGUAUGCAGAGCCAGCAUACAUCAAGCAAAGGAAGAUGCAGGUGCUGGUUGAGCUGGUUAAUGAUGAGAAUGUAGCAAUGUUACUGGACGAGCUGAAAGGAUACUGCACUGAUGUCAACACUGACACUGCCCAAGCUGCAAUCUCAGCUAUAGGUCGUAUUGGACGGAGCUACAGCGACAGGUGUCUGGAGAUCCUUACUGGACUGCUCGGGCUCAAACAGGAGCACAUCACUUCUGCGGUGGUGCAGACGAUGCGUGACCUGGUCUGGGUGUGUCCUCAGUGUAGCGAAACUGUGUGUUUGUCUCUGGAGGGCUGCGAGGAGACGCUGCAGGAUAGCCAGGGCAGGCAAGCCUUGCUGUGGUUGCUAUCUGUGUACGGGGAGCGAGUCUCCAGCGCCCCCUACACGUUGGAGGUGUUCAUUGAUGGAGUGAGGAGCGAGACCUCUCUGGGAGUCAAGAUGGAGCUGCUGACAACUACCAUGAGGCUGUUUAUGUGCCGGCCUGCUGAGACACAAGACAUGCUCGGAAGGCUACUGCACUACUGCAUAGAGGAGGAGACUGAUAUGUGCGUGCGUGACCAAGCGCUUCUCUACUACCGCCUGCUGCAAUGUGGGAUAGAGGAGACACGAAAGGUCCUCCAGGGUCGGAGGUCAGACCCUUCCCUGGGUGUUCUGAUUGGCCGCCCCGCAGAGCCCAUCAGCCAAUGGGCAAGCAGCUUCAACACUCUAGAGCCUCUGAGGCAGGGCACCGUAGAGACAGAGUCAGCCAGCAGAGGAAGCCCUGAACAUGCAAGCUUUGACCCCAAGCCAAACACUGACCUCUCAGACACACUGGACUGUAGCCAAAUUGAGAGAGUGCAUUCAGCGUCCUAUCAUUCUUCCUCUCUUCAUCCUCCCAUGUCUUCUUCAGGCUCAGACAGUACCAGUGGGUGUACAGACUCCUCUGCUGAUGUCCUGGCUUCCAGUGUCGCUGUCCCUCUCAGUUUGUCCCUCUCCCCAGCUCUCAGCCCAGAGGAGUUUGAGCGUCUUUGGCUGCAGCGAUUGGCUCUGCAUGCUGAGCGAGGUGUGGAGAAACUAGAAGAGGAGGAUUAUAUUUGCUUUGAAGAACGCAUCCACUGCCCUGCGAUACCUCAGUGUUCACCACAAAGUCUUCAGGCUGCGAUGCAGCUGGUCAAUAUCCAGACAAUGGCCUUCACACCACCGCACACACUCCCCUGGAGGGUCUACCUGUACACACACACACAGCAAGGACACUCUGGUGACACACCCCACAGCACGCUCAUACUUGGGGAGCUGCUGUACACUGGAGAGGGAAAUCAGAGGGGAAUAGUUACAAAAGGCAUAGAUGGUGGAGAAGUGGUGGAGGGCAGUGAAGAGGAGCUGGUGAAAGAGGGGGAGGAAGCUACAGAUUAUGGGCUGAGCAGGAGGGAGUCAGUGAGAAAAGAUGGAGAAGAGCAGGAUGUAAAAGUGACUCUUAAGCAGCAACCAAGAGAUGACAAAGCUCUGAAGGGGUUUCUCUCUAUCCUUACCACUGUGCUGCACACAUUGUCCUCAGAGAGAAAUUAAAUAUGCAUUACACCAACACAUGGUGUACUUCUAAAGAAGACGCUCACUGACCACAUUCAUUUCCUAAUCAUAUCUGUAAAAUAGCUCCUAAGACAGUGGCUCUUAACCUUGCUCAUGCCAUAGACCUCUGAAUUGAUACACAUGGGUUAAUGGACCCAUUUGAAAAGAUUUUGGUCAUUAGAUAUUAUUCAGACCACAAUUGUACAGCUGUAAACUACAGUUGAGGAGAUAAAUGUGGAGGAAGUGAAACCUAUGUUCAGAAUAGCCACUUCUAAGAACUGAGUCAUAGUUUCCGUGUCUCCCAGGAUCUGCUUUGGUGUGGGUCACGUAAAUGUCGUCAUCCACCCAUGUCUGUAAGGGUCCACACGGACCCUUAUGGGGACGUCCAUGUGCAGCCUCUUCAAGACUGGAAUUUUACGUUGUUAUUCCGCCAUGCCGCUCUUUAUAAAAUGAACAGUCACAGAAUGGGGGGACAGUGUUGUCUCACCUUGUAGGCAGCAUUAGCUGUAGUAGCAAAGCCAAAAUGACUUCUGGGUAAAAGAGACAGCUGGCAGGACGGGAUCAUGGGCGGCAUCGAUGUGACCUUUUAAUGAGGUGUUAUGCAUGUGACCCUCCCUCAGGAGAUUUAAAAAGUAGCUGCUAGCAGUUAGCAGCUAACUUGAAGAGGAAAAACAGCAGCCGAUAAUGUCCACGAACUGGGAGAACAAUGAGGUCCAGGAGCUCCUCACCCUCUGAGCAGAGGAUGAGAUCAGCUGCCAUACAACAGGGACAGUAAAUGAUUGUUAUUGUCAUGUUAUGCCUUUGUUAUUGUUUGUGAAGCGCUGCUGACGUGUAUGUUAUAUGUCACACGCCCGUCACUCCUCUUUUGCUUCAGCGAUGCAGGCAUGCUUCCUAAAAUCAAACACUGGAGUGCCAUAAUCUUGCUGUCAUUUGGUUCUGUGUAAAAAUACAAAGGCAGCAUAAAGAAGGGACUUCAUUGCGGUCCUGUAGCGCACUCUCUGUGUAAAAACAGUCUUAGUUUCACUUCCAUACGAAGUCGACUGUGGGAGGACAGUAAGCUCUCCUUCCAGCCCUCCCAUUGGGGGCUGAUGCAGACCCUCAACUGUACUAUGAAUAGAAUCGCAUCUGCGUGACCGCAGCUGUCCACAGACAUUCAAUGCAGAAAGUUGUCAAGCCGUUAAGACUCUUAACCUACGACACAGUGGAGCACAAAGGCUCCGGAGAAGAAGCUGAGUUAGUGACAUGCAGUACAGCCGAGUUAGCGAGAUGCACUGGAUGACAGUGAGUAAAUUAAAUGUUAGAGAUUUGAUCAUGAAGGGAUAAUAUUUGUGGUUGAUGUCAUUAGGGGUACGCACACAUUUCCCACCCAACGCAAAAAAUGAUCACAAUACUAGGACAGAGAACUGGAAAAAUGCACCAGUGCAGCAGUGAUGACUUGGGUAUGUCUCAACCUUCCAUCAGCAGAGUGAUCACACUGACUAUGAUACUUUCAGUCAGCAGUUCAUUUCAUUUCCACUGGGUGUCCACACCUUACAUGCUCACAGAAGGGUGUGUCUCUGACAACCAAUCACAUCUGUUAAAAGCAAGCAUGGCACCUAGCAAUCAACCUCACCCCCUCACUAAGGUAAACACUUCCUUGCUCAGAGUUGCUGUGAGAACUUUCCUAAAUCACUCCUAAACUAGGACUCCUUACUAAAAAUGUUAAGGAUAACGGGAUUUAUGGUUGUGUGUAAACCCUAUGCAUGUAACCCACGCACGUCGCCAUCGUGAGCAUUUUUACUUCUGCAGUGGUGUGUCUGUGUCACUCUGCAGUCACACCUCCAAAACGCUAGAUAGCGGUGGAGGUUUCUGUUAAAUGCUGUUAAGUUUAGUUGAUUCAAAACACACAAUAAACACAUUAAAUAUGGCUUAAUAGUGACAAUUUCAAACACAAGUACACAAAUUGGGGGCGUCGGUGGCUUAGUGGCAGAGCAGGCGCCCCAUGUACAAGGCUGUUGCCGCAGCGGCCCGGGCUCGAGUCCAGCCUGUGGCCCUUUGCUGCAUGUCUCUCCCUCUCUCUCUCUCCCCCCUUCACGCUUCACUGUCCUGUCGAUUAAAGGCAAAAAAUGCCCAAAAAAAUAUCUUUAAAAAAAAAAGUACGCAAAUUGGCUUCACUUUAAAUCGCAGCAUUCACAGACAAACACUUGUCUUUAUCUAAACACAUUUUCCCCACAAAUACAACAUGCUAAAGUUAUUAGUACAAGCCUAUGGCAUUUUACAUUGUUUAAAUUAGCCUAGCAACAAGCGAUCUUUCCCUCUUCUCAUAUAAAGCCUGGGACAACAGCAACAUUUAACAAAGGUAACGGCACUCAAUUUGGCUCCAAGAUUCACAGACAAAACAACUGUCACACUAAACACGUUAUCCAAACAAAUACAACAUGCUACCGUUAUUAGCACAAGCCUAUGACAUUUUACAUUGUAAAAAUUAGCCUAGCAACGAGCGGAGAUUUCCUCUUCUCAUAUGAAACCUGGAUAAAUCCCUAAGUAUAAGUCCCUGAAGGAUAAAUCACACACAAGACUUAAAAUGCUAUUUUAUUGGAGGUUCUACUGUCUUCACAAUUUAUUGUUUCUUAUCUGUGAAAUACAAGUAAAUGCUUCGUUUCCACUAAAGGAAAUGGUGUCAGUAUACAGAAACAGACAGGAGGACUGCGUCAACGCGAUGUAUACAAUUCUGGGGAGGUGCGUGUCAGGCUUCAGCGUAGGUUAUGGCAUAGGCUGUACGUCGACGUGGAGCCUACGCCGUGGCUAUGGCGUCAAUUCAACGCAGAAGUAUAAAUUAGCUUUAAGUUAGCUUUCUAAAAGGAUUCUCAGAAUGUUUGUGAAUACGGCCCCAGGAAACCGGACCGAGGGUGUGUCAAUAAGUGGUAAAACCACUUCACUUUUCACCUCGCACAUUUUAAGUUGUAUGACCUGAGAUAAUUGUUGUGAGAGUGAAGUCCUUUACAGAAGUAAAUUGUGAAUAAACAAGACUGCAUUCAGUAAACUUCAGCCAUACAUCACUUCAAUUAGCUGUGAUCUUUCACAGCCAUAAGUAGAUGAAAGAAUAGUUUGGGUUUGUCAAAAGUUUGGCCUGAUGGGAACAGGACUAGUCUCACUGUACCAAAAUCAGCUUCUCCUUUUUCUUCUCUUUCUCCCCUGAAACUGACAGAAAAUAAUUCUCACUGAAAAAAACAUGCACUGAUGGAAGUAACCACCUUCCUCAUUCACAGUAUGCAAAUGUUUAAGAGCCUCAACUGAAAGGAAGCUGCUAUGGAUUGUAUUUUUGUGUGUACACCAGUGAGCUGCUGUCAGAGCCUCCCAUGUGUCUUGCCUUACUCUUGAUUGUAGAUUAUAUUUUACUGAUUUUAUUGUAGGCUACAUUAGAGGCUGUCAUCAUGAUAAUAGCUGGGUGAAGGUAAGCAAACGCAUGAACUGACCCAAAAUAAAACAAAUUGGAUUCCGC